UGCUGCUGCAGCGCGCGCGCGCGCUCACGCACGCACGUGGGCCUCUUUAAAGCUCGGGUCGCACACCGACGAGCAUCCAUGUGUUCUCCAUCGUGACAUCUUCAACCCAAGAAGAAGAAGAAGAAGAAGAAGAAGAGGGGGCAUCCAUGCGCAUCCCCAGCACGCACCAAGGGGUGGGGGGGUGACGACAACCGGCUCCUUCUGCGCGGUGGGCUUUGGGAUCAUCCAGCCGGAGAGGGAUCAAGGAGAGGACUCGUCGCCCUCCUCCCGCCCGCCGCAUGUCGAGUGAUGGUCGGCUUGGCUGGCCGGACGCCCCCCCGCUGCCUCCGGAUCCCCGCGUGGGGACCGCAGACCCCCAUUCCCGGCGGAAAGAAGCCCGGUCCCGGCUCUAGGGCUCCAUAUGGAAACGGAGGACCAGAAUUUUAGGACAAAAGGGAAAUCGUCCGAUUGAAAUGACUUUUCUUUUUCUCGAUUCUUCGUGUUAUUUUGGCCUAUGCAAUGAAUGCAUUUUUGCUUUGAUUGAACUUUUUAUUUUAUUAUUUUACGUGGAAAUCGGGCCUGGGAAGACUUGGAAUUUUUAGGGAAAAAAAGGGAAAACGAAUCCAGUAUUGUCCUCCCAUGCAAUGAAUGCGUUUCUGCUUUGAUUGAGCUGUUUUUUUUUUUUGGUGUGUGUUUACGUUUCGAGGGCUUGCAAGGUGCAGCAUUUGAUUCCAACGGUGAUUAAUUGACGUGCGUGUAAGAGGACAAACACGUUGGCAGCUCCCACUGCUUUUUUUUUUUUUGAAUUCAAGAAAAACUGAAAAAGACGAGCGAGAGGAUUUCCAUCCUUUUCCCGUCCUGAUCGUCUGUUUUUUUUUUUUUUUUUUUUUUCUCUGCUAACUGGUCCUCAUCCAAACGCAACCAUAAGGCUCCUGGCGCCUGGUCGUCGUCCUCUUCCUCCUCCUCCUCCUCCUGGUCCCUGGUCCCUGUCCUCCCGCUUUUCCGCCUGGCUGGGGUCCCGCGCGGCGUCAAAUAUUUACUUCCUGUACAUCAAGCGGAAAGGGGGUCCCCCUUUCAUGGAAUGCGGGAACAUGGGCCUGUUCGAGCGCGGAGUGCAGAUGCUGCUGACCACGGUGGGCGCCUUCGCGGCCUUCAGCCUCAUGACCAUCGCGGUGGGCACCGACUACUGGCUCUACUCGCGAGGGGUCUGCAGGAGCAAAAGCGGCAACGACAACGAGACCAGCAAGAAGAACGAGGAGGUCAUGACGCACUCGGGGCUCUGGAGGACCUGCUGCCUGGAAGGAAACUUCAAGGGCAUGUGCAAACAGAUCGACCACUUCCCCGAGGACACCAAUCACCAAGCCGACCCGUCCGAGUACUUCCUGCGCGCGGUGCGGGCGUCCAGCAUCUUCCCCAUCCUCAGCGUCAUCCUGCUCUUCAUGGGAGGUCUGUGCAUCGCCGCCAGUGAGUUCUACAAGUCCAGACACAACAUCAUCCUCAGCGCCGGGAUCUUCUUUGUGUCUGCAGGCCUGAGCAACAUCAUCGGAAUCAUCGUGUACAUAUCAGCCAACGCAGGCGACCCAUCCAAGAGCGACUCUAAGAAGAACUCGUACUCGUACGGCUGGUCCUUCUACUUCGGGGCGUUGUCCUUCAUCAUGGCCGAGAUGGUGGGCGUCCUGGCCGUGCACAUGUUCAUCGACCGCCACCGGCAGCUUCGGAUCGGCACCCGUGCCGCCGACUACCUCCAGGGCUCGGCGGUGGCCCGGGUCCCGAGCUACCGGUACCGCUACCGACGCCGCUCGCGUUCCUCGUCGCGCUCCACGGACCCGUCGCACUCGCGCGACGCCUCCCCGCUGGGCCUGAAGGCCUUCGGGGCGCUGCCCUCCACCGAGAUCUCCAUGUACACGUUGCCCCGAGACACCCUCAAGUCAGGAGCGGGGGCGCCACCCGCCAACACCGCCGCCUACAACUCAGAGCGGGAUCACAACUUCCUGCAGGUGCACAACUGCAUCCAGAAGGAUGCCAAAGACUCGGCUCACGGGAAUGCUGCCGCCAACCGACGCACCACCCCCGUAUGAGGGGCCGCCGCCCACCCGCCAUCUUUAUAGGAAACGUGUUGUUUUCCGCAUGACUCUUCCGAAGUUCCAGAAGCUCGGAAGAGGUCAGAGCCGUCCAGACAAACGCCUCCUUUAUUUUUGGACUCACUGUUUUGCAUUCAAACUGUGAAUUGUUACAGCCCAGCCUGUAACCGCUAGUAAAACUACUAUUAAUAUAAAUAUAUAUAUAUAUAUAUAUAUAUAUAUAUUACUUUUAUAAAGAUUCAUAAUAAGAAUAAUCAAGAGAUACCGACUACUUUACUGAAGCAAAAAAAAAAAGACAACUACGAGUUAAGAAAGUACUGUCGGUGACUCUUUUAGAAGCCUAGAAUAAUAAAGUAUUACAAUUUUUUUUUUAAUAGAACAAAAAAAAAAAUGAAAAUGUGAACACAUACCAGAGUCCGAAACUAAGUGCAUGCUAUUAAAACUGCAGCAAAGUUAAGUUUUAAUCCUCCUAAAAGGGUGAAAAAGCAAUUCCUGAGUUCCAUGUCUUGUUAUUUCUCUUUCUUUUUUUCUUUUUUUUUUUGCUUUUGUGAGCCAAACCAAAUUUUAAAAAAAAAAUGCUUUUUUUAAAAACAAUAGUUUGACGAAUAUAUAAAAACUAUAGCUACAAUACGUAAUGUCAUUUAUUUUGAAAACUCACACAGCCUUAGCCAUUUCUUGUUAGUUUCUUUUUGAUUUCUAAUGUUCAAAUGGAAACUGUUGAAAAAGGUGCCAAAAGCGAAUGAUCCUUCUACUUGGAUGCAUCAAGUACUGAUGAAUAAAUACCGACCCCAGGGGGAACAAAUCAACGUGUGUGUGUGUCUCACGCUCAAAGCUAAGAAGCUCUUUGUUUCAAUGCUAACGUGCUACAUGCUUAAACCCCCCCCCCCCCCCCAAGCUUCCUCUAGGGGGCGCUAUGGUAGAAUUUUCACCAGUACCGUCGCUAGAUGGCUCCAAAUAAGCAUAAACAACAACAGUCUGCCAUACUGCUGUCAGUAUGCGCAGGGUGCCUUGUGAGUGGGGAGGGUCCCGUGUGUGGUGGGUGGGUUACCCUCUGAGGGGUGGGGUGCCUUGUCAGGGGAUGGACUCCCUUAGGUGGGGUGUCUUGUGAAAGGGUACCUUGUGAGGGGGUGCGGCCCUCUGCUUUAGGGAUGUGGGAUGCCUUGUCAACGAGUGGGGGGGGGGGGGGGGGGGGGGUCUUCUGAGUGGCUGCGGGGUCACUUCCUUGCAAAGGGGUGUGGUCCCAUAUGAAGGGCUGGUCUCCCAUGUGAAGAGUGGGUUCGCGUUCCCGUCACAGUUUUUUGUAGGGUCCGACCGAUUAAUCGGCAAAUUGCUUUUUUUUUUUUACACAUUAACAAGUGACAACAUAAAUAUUGCUUUUUUAAAUAUUUCUUCAAGGUAAGCUGUAAAUAGCUUCGGAGACAGUGUGUCGCCUUUUCCUUGACUCUUUCAUCAUCAAUUCGUAUUGAACCUGAAGAAUCGUACUUUUGGCUGUGUGAUAUUUCAGUUUUUCUUUUUUAAUAAAUCUGCAAUUGUUUUUUUUUUUCUGUCAAUAUGGGGUGCUGCGUGUACAUUACUGAGGGGGGGGGGGGGAAAUGAACUCCAAUUAUUUUAGCAAAUGGCUGCAAUAUAACAGAGUCAAACAUUUAAAGGGGUCUGAAUACUUUCCGUAGCCACUGUCGGUCGGCGCUAUCCCUCGAUUUGCUAGUAUCGAUUUGCCGAUUUGCAGUAUCGAAGCGGCGGCGACUGAGUCGAACGCUUUUUCAUAGUCGUUGUGUCGUUCGAUUAUUUGUUGAACUGUCUGCAUGUGGUCCAUAGUAUUAAAACCGCUACGAAAAACCCUCUUGUUCUAUCGGCUGUGCUUCACUGAGUUUGAUUCCGAUUCGUUUUGUCCAACAUCGUUGCAAAGACUUUAUAAAUCGCUGCGAUCAGUUAAAACAAAAAGAACUCAUGCGCGAUUCAUGACUGAGCAGUUAAGUUUUCCCUCUUUGCGUCCAAGACAAGAAGUAGUACGACACACAUCUUUACGUGUACAACAACAGGUUUGCAGCGUGUAGUACACACGUUUGGAACGACACAACUUGCAGCAGCCGUCGGUUCAGAGAGGAGAAAGCGCAAGCGACACCUUUCAGUUUCCGCCUGGUCGCCCUAAAAGCUGAGGGAGCAAGCAGCCGAGGGAGCGCGCUUGGAACACCAACACCGGAAUGAGAAUCCCUUCGUAGGGUUCUCAAGUAAGCGCUGGGGGAACCUCGGUGGGGUGCUCGUUGUGAGGGGUGGCUGCAUUCUGAGGGGGUAGCCCCCCUUGGGUGGUGUGUGGGGUCACUUGGGAGGGAAGGGGACGGUGAGGUCGCCUUGUGAGGAUUCUUAGGAGUGAGUGGGGUCACUUGUGAGCCUUGAGGUGACUUAACGGGGGGCCCUUCAGAGGGACCCUUGGACUUGAGGGGUUCUUGUGCUGGGGUAACCUGGAACGCCCAAUCCUAAUCCUUGUGAGGGGGGGGGGACCUGUGAGGGACCCGUCACGCUCUCCCUGGCAGUGUUCACAAAGCACAUGAAGAUAUCAAAUCGUCUGUGCUUACAUAAGCUGACAUGAAAUUGACUAAUGACAUUUGUGUGACCUCAGCAGACACGUUGUGCAAAACGGGCAGCGUCCAGCACCCAUUGGAGUUUGGGUGGGGGCCGCGGGGGGGUCAUCACCUCCACCGGACCACGUUCACAUAAAAUGCAAGCGGGUGGCUGCAAUGGCAUUUUUGUGUUUGCGUAUGUCAUCAUCACUGUGCAGCCUCAGACUCGUGUGUGUGUGUAUGUGUGUGUGUGUGUGUGUGUGCGCGUGAGGGCUGUUGUUUAUGCUGACCACACAACAGUUGCUGACUGUGCUCUCACCCCGGGUUCUUCUUGUUUUUGGGUUAGGCGCGGUUGAAAGAAGGAGAAGUCAGUGGCGUGCACGCACACGCAAACACUGUGGGCCAAAAGUACAAACCCAAAAGAUAUUUCAUGUUCAAACUGAUUAAACACACUAAUCAAGUAUUCGUCAAGUCUAAAAUAAUUUGUAAAAAAAAAAUUUAAUCACAAUGUGGAAUUUAAAACAGUACUUCUUUACAAAAACAAGGGAAUAAUUUAUUACCGAAUAAUUUACAGAAAUUGUUAAGAAAGAGAGGGAGAGUAUAAUUUCAGAUAUGGCAAAUUUUAGGAUCCAAAAAUGCACAACCCGCAUUUAAAAAAUGUGCGUAUCAAAACUAACGUUCAAGCAUCAACCGGUUCAAAAACAAAUGCAAACAAAUGAGCUUUACAAACUAUGAGGAGGAAGUAUUAUUAGUAUACUGUAAAUACAUAAAGCACAUAAGCGCUUUAUGGGGAUUAAAAAAAACAAUUAACAUCGCAAGAAAUAUACAAGCACCCACCCAUUCCAUCCCCACAUAUAAACACAAAAUACACCCACACAACACAGCACACAGUGAUUAAUAGUGCAGAACUAUGGCAAGGCACUAAGUAGUCAACAUUAUACAGGACAAUACACUCAUAAUUUAUAUAUUUUUUUAAUUUAGGGCGGGACGGUAGACGAAUGGUUAGCACAUCUGCCACACAGUUCUGAGGACCCGGGUUCAAAACCUUUAUUGCUGUCAUGGGGAACUCGUGCCAAUGGCUCAGUCGUGCUUUUUAAGAGGUUGCUAUGGCUUCAGUUGUCCACCAGAUGUCACCAUCACGGAAGCCUUGAAGCUUUUCCGGCACAAUUGCUUCGCUUGCCCACCACUAUGGGUUAGUCACGUCGGUUGGUUGAAGUAGACACCCAUGAUAUGGUGCUUCUUUCAAAAAUAUAUACUCUCAACUAUUUUUUAUCAUUUUAACCGGUGGGCCACUUACUUUCAAAGUACUGAUACCAAAACAGUGGUGAUUUUAAAUGACAAAAGAUCUACAUCCAAACAAACUAGCAAACCUCAAACGCUGUUUUCAAAGAUUUAAAAUUCAAAUGCUGUAUAUAAUGCCCUAUAUUGAUUUUUGCUGCGUGUGCACAAAUACAUUCAACGCAGGAUAAUACACAGAUAAAUUAAAAACUUUACAACUUUUUUCCUUCUGUAUGUAAAUUGUCCAAAAAAAUGCAAAUAAAUUUGGGACUAAAAAAUGACCGUUAUUACUGGUCUGAAUACUUGUGGCUGUGUGAUAUUUCAGUUCUUUUUAAAUAAAACAUUUCAACAAUUUCCUUUUUUUCCCAUCAAUAUGGGGUGCUGUGUGUACAUGAUGUAAAUGAUUUAGCAAAAGGCUGCAAUAUAAAGUGAA